AAAGGCAUUGUAUACAGCACUGUAUACAUGUAUAACACUAGCACCCACGUGGGUAACAUACGGUAUGAUUACCCGCUGGUUGAGUAUUGGCCGUGCCUCCUACCAUGGAGGUUAACACGUCACUGCCGUACCUGUCUUUGCAGCUGAUAAGCGAAACUACCUACUUCCGCCUUUCGCACAUUCAAAACAAAGAGCGCAUGAAAUAUACGUACGUCUGCCACCGAUGACGAUGGAACAGGCUGAAUGGCAAGUGGUCAGAAAGAAAAAAUCAACAAAAAAUCAAAAAGUGAAUCCAAAAGAGCAGACCGUUUUGAAGACAGAAAUAUAUCUUUGUGAUACAGUUCAAGAGAGGAAAAACGUGAUUCAGAAACUGUAUUCCACAAUGGAGGACCUGCGACUGUCUGAAUUUUGGAAGACUUGUCAAGAGUGUGUUCAGCGUGUACCACCUUUGGCUUCUGAAGAAUAUGAUUCCAACCGAGGUGUAGUGUGCAGCCUGUCUCCUGACAUUAUCCAGGAAGGAGUCAUCCAGAGUUUUGACUGUGUGUGUUAUGGCCUUGGAAACUUCAGUUCCUGUAUAAUAUCUCGGCACCAGCUGGCUUUUUUACUUUUGUUCCUGGAACAGUUUAAGAUUCCAAGAAGCCAGUCUUAUGUUUUUGAUCCUUUAUUUUCUCAAAUGGAAGUAUCUGUACUUCAGCAGCUUGGUUUGACUGUCCUUUUAGACAAUGAAGAGGGGAAACGUGUGGUCCAUAAACCCACUGUGUUCUAUAUGCUGCAUUGUGGUAAGGCCCUAUAUAACAAUCUGCUCUGGUGCAAUUGGUCACAGGAGGCUUUGUCCAACAUGAUCAUCAUUGGCAAUAGUUUCAAAAGCAUCGAAGAAAGAUUAUUGUCCAGAAUCUUACAGAGAGACUACAUGUAUAUCCAUCAGGGUUUACAAAUUGUUGAAGAAACUCCAUUUCCGGAAAGCUGCCAGUACAAUGAUGUGUUUAAUGACACUUCCAUCCAUUAUUUCCCAAUGCAAAAGCUCAGAACUUUGCCUGCAGAUGUGUGGCUGCUACAAGAAGAACCUCAGUACCAUGAAUGUGAAGAUCUAGAGAUCAUAAGAAACCAAAAAACAUAACUGUAUAUCUUCUAUAUGUAACACUUAUGGAAUAUUAAAGUGUCUUCCGCAGCUGAAGGGCAUUACUCCCACUUGAGUGGCCCAGUCCAGCUAAUUUAAGACUAUCUUGGGCCCCACCACCUCACAAAUAAAGUCCCCCAUAGGAGGAAGAGCUCUGGGUAUUAACUUUGGAAGUCCCCAGGUAUUAAG